AUGGAUCAACUCAUCUUUCAUGAUGGUGCAUUCUGCCUGAAAAAAUGUUUGAACAGUCUUCCUUGCGGAAUAACUUCACACAAUCUAUUGCCUCUGAAACUCGCAUGUUUCAUCGCGUUGAGCUGUCCUAAAGCUCGAGGUUCUUGUGAGUGGAGGCUUCUCAAGUUUCCCAAACUCGCUGGGACAACACCUGAGAAGCGGUUUCUAGGCAGUGAAAGAGUUUCCAACAAUGUAAGAUGGCCUAAACCAGAUCAGGAAGAUUGCCUUGGAGAGAGUUAUUAUUAUCUGAGCACAAGAUCUUUAAGACUAGUUAAGUUAGAGAAACUGUUGAGAAUCAAACCAGUGAUGAACUUGGACAGAGAGUCAAGAUUCCCCA